AGUACAAUCAAACCCAUUGAGCCUGCGACUGGGAUAUUGAGUGCGAGAGCAAACAAAGGGCUGGGUGAACCGGUCCUCUAUUGUUAAGCACAAGUGUCCACAGCAUCUCAUCCAGAUACCGGGGACCCAUCAUGUCCGACAAACCAGAUUUUGCAGAAAUUGAAACAUUUGACAAGACCAAGCUGAAGAAGACAGAAACCAGAGAGAAAAAUCCAUUGCCCACUAAAGAAACUAUCGAACAGGAAAAGCAAAGUGAAAGUACAGCCUGAGCAUAAAAUUGAAGAUGUGACUACUGCUUCUUCAGUGGGGUUUUGGCUUCCAAGUUGGGUUGUUUUGUUUUGUCCCCCACAUCCCAUGUUUUUUUCCCAUUUAUUUUAGCAAACAUUUGCUCAUUUAAUGUUCCCUGGGGAAGAAGUUUGUUUUGUGUUUGUUGAACAAGAUACUAUGUAUUUGUAUUCUUAAAACAUCAUAUUCCAAGUUCUGUAUCAACCCCAUUACUUGCCUAAAAAAGCAAUUUGCAUAAAAAUUGUUUUCCUAAACCUCACAAUAAACAGGUUUCUUCUGA